AGGUAAAUUUUUCCUAUAGAAAAUGAUGUUUCGCCCGAAUUUCCCAUGCUCCCAUUUUUUUACAUUUCAUGAACAAGUAAGUACAUAGUAAUCUGUCAUUGUUUAUCUCCCACCGCAGGGUCGAUUUUCGAUUCAGCAAUGGAAAUUGGUACAAUUUUUACAGCCACUAUCAUCAUCAUGUAGUGUCUCCACUAGCAAAAGGCGUAUUCAUUGCUGGCUCAGAAGAUCAGCGUUUCAGUGGUAUCGCUUUUUCGACGCUAAAGCACUUGAUCAUGUCUUGCGAUUGCGAUAAUUGUCCGUGGUAAUUAUCCGCAAAAACUAUCAUGGUCAACUACAGCCUGUCUGUAAAGUGUAAAAAUGGCUACUGGGAGGUCGGGGAGAGUUCUGUCGUGUUCUGGCGCAGGGGCAUCAAGUGCGUCGGCGUCUGCCCUGUCCCGAGGAAACAACGCGGCAUUUAUGGUAGAGCGCGACGUCUUUGCGACCGCAGACGACCUCAAUAUUUUCACCGUCGCCUCCCUCCGACGCAUGCUGCCUCCGGCACAGGCCGCGCCAGCCAAAAAAGGAGACCUGGUGGACUUGCUCGUGACUCUACAGCUGUUUCGGAAGAAGGACCUGCCGACUCUCCACGCUAGCUACGCUGUGAACCGUCUGGGGAGGAAGGGAGGAAUCGAAAAUGAAGAUCAUACUGCGUCAACAGUGCUGCAGAAGGAUGAUGCGAACGCCUGUGCUGCAUCAACAUUGGUGGAGAAAGGUGCAAAGCGGCGGAAGCUUGGUAGUGCGGUUUCCAACGUGGCACAGGAUGAAAAAACUGGUGCUAGUGCGUCAGCGAAAACGAAAGGACACCGGUCUUCUGCUGCCACGGCCAAAUGCUCUAAGGUCGCAGCGGUGCCAAGGAAAAGCUCUGCGGCGUCAAGCCCAAGCACUCCUGCUAAAAGAAAGAGUGCUAGUACCUUUGGUUCUUCUGGUAGAAAAGCAAAAGCUUCUGUCAGCGAGAAAAAACCAUCGUCAGCGGGGAAAAAGUUCAUGAAUAAAGCACAGGAAAAGGUCGCUUCCGUGAUGAAGAAAGUUGCUCCACGCUCGAUGAAAAAGUCUGCACCAGCUGUUGCUAUGAAGCAAGGUCCAGCAACAUCAACUCUGGUGCGCGAUAAGGAGGUACCGCCGGCUUCUGGUGCUCUAUCUAGCACUUUUAGUCUAGAUGGCAAGGGCACGUCGACGGUUAUGAAGCGGGUACAAACUACCGCAAAAGGGCCUGCUACACCACCCCCACAAAGACGGCGGGUUUGUGUAUCACAAAAUGACGAUGCGGAUGUGGGGAAGCACGAUAAUAAGCCACAGCUUGAUCACCACUGUGAUGUUCCAACUCCGAGGACGCCAGCUGGAAAUAAAGGUCCCAGCAAGAAAAAUGCUCUGCUGGUCGGAGGCAGCGCAUCCCGAGUCGGAUCCUGCAGACCCAAGACGCCAGGCAGUGUGGCGAAGAAAAAGCGCCUAUUUGCUUGGCUUCAAGGGAACGCGUGGUCUUUGUAUCAGUGUGAGAACCCGGACUGUGCUUCUACACCUACUAGCGGACGCAUGCAGCAGUACUUGUCUAGCCAGUGCUAUGGGAAUCGCGUAUAUCGCUAUGUCUGUGCGCGUCGACUGGGCCUGAAUGCAGGGCAAACUAGGGCUCUAGGGUGCAGCAAUCACGGCCAAGAGGAAGUUUUGUGGUACUUUCAAGCUUUGCUAAAACCACAGAUUAGGCUAGAGUUGGAAACGGUGGACAGUUUUCGCGUAUACUUGGAUCCUCAUUACUGCCGGUUGAUCGCUCAUCUCGGUGAGAAGAAAAACAGCGACCACUGCGAUGUACCGCUAUAUUCAUACGAGUCCAAUUCAUCAAAAGUUGCCUGUGGUGAUGCACCGGAGACGGGAAAUGAAAGGCAAGCCGAGAGUACGGGAUCUUUAAAAGCUGCCCGUCCUCGUCCGGGAGAAUCCAGUGACGCACCAGAGGCGGCACGAAAGGAAGGCCUAGGGGGAGAGAGGUGCCCUCAAGUCGAGACUACUUCAUCUACAUCUAAUGAACUAAGACAAGAGGGAUCAGAUUCUCGUUCUGACCAAAACGCAAUACCGUCUUCACUUGGACUUUUGACUCCACGUCAAGCUAUGGCGGAAUUGCUUAGGUGCCGCAUCGUCCCAGACUUGCUUUUACACCCGGAGGACGCUUUAGCAGGUCGGAGUGCCGCUCGGCAACGCUGUCGCGCGGGCGAGGAAGUCGAGUGGAGCUUAGUUUUCCCUCUUACAGAGUAUGAGCACGUGCUAGAAAUUAUCGAGGAUGAGCUCAGAGACCGAGUCUCACACUUACUUCUGGCUUUUGAGGAUGGCCAUUCGCAGUUGCGCGUAGACCCGAUUCAUCCCAGAAUGCUAGGUUUCUUCCGAUCCUGCACUGAAGUCGAGAAGGUAGCCGCAAGAAAUUGUUCUAGCAUCGAUCUUGGACAAAAGAGGAGCGUCGAGCAAGGCACUCUUGUUGGGUUUGAAAGUGAGGGCGUCGCUCGCUUGCGCGCAUUGGGGAUGUGGGAAAAUUUGCGGCCAUAUCAGCGAGAAGGUGCGCGGUUUUGCUUACGACGCAUGGGAGAAUCCAAUUCUAGAAGAAUGCGAGUUUUGCUCGCAGACGAGAUGGGCCUGGGGAAAACGAGGCAAGCCGUUGCCGCCGUCGUGGCUGCGGGGCUCUUCCCGUGUCUGAUUGUUGUUAAAGCGGUUACUCGGUUAGGCUGGAAGAUGGAAAUAGAGCUUUUCGCCGCACGCUUUUUCAAUUCGAGUCGGGACGUGCACGUCAUCGCAAGUGCUGACGACGCGUUGGCGGAUCACGAGGAGACGCCACGCAUGGUUCUGUGCUCCUACCACAUGUGCGUCAACCUGCUUCCCCAACUGUUGCGCCGACGCUGGCAGAGCGCCAUUGUAGACGAGGCGCACUGUCUUCGAAGUAGUUCAUCUAGUACUACGGCUUCGGCAAGUGAUGGUAGAGGUAGUAAUUCUACAACUAAUGUCAGCUCGAAGCUGCAGAAGGAGCCCCCAUGUUCAUCAGAUGGUCGGCAGAAUAGGCCCAAAUUUGGUUGGGGACAGGGCGUCAUGGUACGCGAAUUGACGCGACUUUUGCGGACGGUGCCGAACUUGUUGCUUGUGACAGGGACGCCCUGUGUGCGGCGCAUUGCCGAUUUGCGCACGCAGUUGGCGCUCCUGCUCGAAGAGGAAGGUGAAAUACAGGGAAAAGAAGAUGGCGGCACUGAAAAUGUUGGUGAGCAACAAGAUAAAGUUCUCGAUGCUGUGGAUGUCGUUACAAGUACCACAAAGGCACUGCCACAAACGCUCAAGAAGAGAGUUCUCGGAUGCCGCAAUGGCGCAGGGAAGCGAGAUAAAGCACAAGAUCGAAAAAAAGGCCAGAAGACCGAACUCCUGAGAAGUAACCCCGAACAGUCCUUUCUCGAUGUUUUUGACGAGUAUACAAAGGGUGCAGCUAAUACGCGGGAAUGCGAUAUUUCUACGAAGCGCGCGCACGAAUUCCAUCUAUUUCUACAAACGACAGUCAUGCUUCGAAGACUGAAAGGCGAAGUCAUGAGUCAGCUGCCGCGAGUACAAGAGCUACCUUUCUUUGUGCCCCUAACGGCUGCCUCUUUCCGCGGGAUGGAACGACUUUUCCAAGAGAGUUGCAAUAUUGUUCCGAUAAAAGACGACACCCUAAUAGAAGAUGCAGACGCAUCUUCAUCGAAGACUUUGAUACAUGAUGGCCCCCCUUUUGCUGCUCCUAAUAAGAAGCUUGCAAUGGGGACGGUGCAGCGCCUCGCUUUAGCUAAGUUGUAUGAGAUGCGUUUUUGGUUGCGUGAGCUCAUUCUACGGGAAGAGAAAGUCGUCAUUUUCGCACAUCACAAACGAGUGUUCGAUAUGGUGGUCCACUGGGUCUUGGGACAUGAUGUUGGGGCCGCUCGCUCGCGCACCGCGCGGUCGAAAACGCGAAUACAUGCAUCUCAAGGGGAUACAGUGAUGUCUUCUUUAGCGUCGCAGCUGGGAGUAGAUCAUGGUGGGGCUACUGCAAUUUAUGAUUGACCGAGAGCAGCAGAGGUCAGAUAUCUUCUACAUUUGCUUUUUCUUGGGAAUUUUUGAUUCCUGAUUCCUUAUCCUUUGUUUAAGGCACAACCUCCAUCGAUUUUUUAGCAUCUGAAAAGCAAGCGCUGUUAGCACAUUUUUGACAGCUUUCUUCAGUCGACUCACUCUAACUCUUGAGCGAAGGAUUGGAUCUCUUGGAGGGGGAAUGCACGCCUGCUGAUGUUAGCUCGACCUCCACCAUGGCCGUAGGCUCUUCUUCGACGCGCUUGACACCGAUUCCCUUUGUUCGAAUUGAUGGGGACCUGGAUGCACGCGGCAAGCAGGAACAGCUAGACAAGUUCAAGCGCAAAUGUAGUUCUAGUGUUGGAACACGACAGGAGAUGUCGAGUAGCAGACGAGACUUGCCUGAGUUAAAAGCAGCUGCGGGUAGAAGUGGUGAGCAUUUACUUUCGAACUCAAUGACAAUGACAAAUACGACAAGUGCAACCUUGAUGAAUUGCUACAACACUUGUGGUCCCGAGAAAACAGAGUUUUACCCUGUUGCGCUAGUGAGCAUGACGGCAGCGGGAAUCGGUGUAAACGGUUUGGAAGUUGCUUCGACGGCGGUUUUUCUGGAGCUCCCGGAGAGCGCGAAUUGGUGGGUGCAAUGUAGAGCACGUAUCGACCGCUUUGGGCAGAGAGCGAGUACAAUUUUUCUUCACUACGUGAUCGGUGCGGCUGCUUCGAGUAGCGCACAAAAGAUCGCCGAUGGCUGUCCUGAGGCUUCUAGUUCGGCGGCACCCAACUCGCCUGACGGUUCUGAUGAUGAAAAACAGUCUCUUCUUGUUGUCGAAGAGGAGGCUGACAAGGAUAAAAGAGGUGUAAGCCUUUCAUCGGGAACGGGCUCAAAUAAAGGUGCAGUGUCGGACACUUCGGCUACUAGUGACGUGCGCCGUUGGGCUGAACUAAAGGCAUCCCUGCAACGACUGGAAAAUGUUUUCGAUCGAGGUCUUCUUGAGGACAAAAAAUGCAGGAAUAACGAAUCUCCAGGAGGCGACCAGCUCACUGUUGCAGUCUCAAACGAACAAGCAAGUAAGAGUGAUGUUGAGCAGGAGACAACACACAUGAAAAGAGGAGAUGAAGAGAGUGCACAACAUGAUCCUACAUCCACUACAUUGAGCGACAGUACUCGUCGUGUGUUUGAUGAAGUCUGCGUAUCGGGCGGCACCCCUCUGGCUGCACUCUAUGCGUUUGAAGUUUCAGAUACUGGACUUAUGCAUGUGUACUUUUCUUUGCGUCAUCCUUCGUUGGAUUGUGGUAUACCAGUACAUUCUGGACUCGUCAUUCCGGUUGCAGAGCUAGAAGUUGCGCAAGCGGCUUCAUUCGCUGCCGGGCGGUCCUCUGAUAUUGAAGAUACGAAUUCAGAAAAGAUGCUGCAGGUCAAGCAAGAAGGAGGUUCUUGGGAAAGCAGUAAGGAUUCGUGCGUCACCAUGGCUCAUAUACGUGGUUUGGCUCAACAAUUUUGGGUUCGUCUUUCUUCGCAGCCAACGCAUGUACGUGCGCGUCUUACCGGGGUGCCCGUAGCACUGUCAGAACUGCCCUGUGUAGCAACUGCGCUACGCAAAGCGCCUGCUUCGGGGUCAACAGAGCGUUUUGCAGAAUCCGGACGACCUAGCACCAGCGAACUGAAAUUCUUUGCGGUGCUACAGCGAAAGUUGGCUCAACAGGGUGCAGGCUGCAGUGGCGCUAGCGCUCCUGUAGAAGGUAUUCGCAAUGGGAUCAGUACAGAUGCUGGCUCCCCUAGUGCUGAGGCUGCUUCAGCUAUGGUGCCCAGAAAAGGUAGUCUUAAUCCUAGUCCUACUACUUUUCGGCAGUCUGACUUGCGUUGGGUCGCAGCGGAAUUUCCGGAUCCGAAGUUUAAGGUUCUCACAGCCUAUGCAGCGCCUUUUGACGUGGAAAAGCGGGUUUUGUAUUGCGCAAACUGUGUUGCGAAUUCAGUCAAUGGCGGAAACAUGGAAAUUUUUGAAAAAAGCAUUGACAUGACAGCUGGCAGGGCAAGUAUUCGUGCGGCACCUUCGACUUGUUUGCCGGCCCAUAAUAAACUUGAGAACGGUUUCGCUGCUGCUGCUGGUGACGGGAUAGUAGGUGUAUCGUCUUCGCCUUCUUCUGGGGAUAACCAAGUGUCUUCUGCUACUGUUGAAAAAGUCGGCCCAAAAAAACCAAAGCGGCAGUUAAAACGACAAUUGACGAGUACUGAAGAACGGGAACGACUCGAGAAGCACAUUCGCGAAAACCUACCCGAAACACAGGCGUUCCUUCGCGAUUUCAGCAAGAAGAGGAGCGUUCAGGAUAUCAGGAUAAAAUUAGAGUGCAAGAAUGAUCUUUUCUGCAGUGGGAGUUGUGCAACGCAGUACAAGAUGAAGCGGUCGGGUUCGAAGCUACGCAGUACGCUGUUCAAACACGAGAAAGGUGUGUGUCAAUCGUGUCGCGUGGACUGCGAUCGGGUCUUUCUCACGCUGUUGCAACUUCCACCGGAGACUGUCUCCGCAGAGACAGUUGUUCGUGGAAACACGCAGACUUCUAAUGGUGAUCAAAAUACAUACAGUAGCAGACUCGCAUCGCGUGAUCCCCGACCGCAACCUAGUACAGCAAGUCGUCGUGCAUUUCUUGACGCGAGCUUUAAAAAGUCACUUCGCGAGUGUCUAGAGAAGAAUACGAGGGUGGACGGUUUUCUGCGUCUGCUUUUGCGAACUGCGUCGGAAGAACUUCAACCUGGGAUGGUUUGGAAUUGCGAUCAUGUGGUAGAGGUGCGAGACGGCGGUGGAGAGGCAUCUGAUCUGUCCCAAGUGCAGACUUUAUGUGUCUUUUGUCACGCACGUAAAACACACUCGAGUAGAGGGACAGUUUCAUGAUGACGUUUUGAAGUAGAUAAGUCUCUGUCUUGUGACUUCUCUGAGAAGGUUCUUAAAUACUCAAAACUCAACGUUAAGGUUGACAAGAGAACAUGACUGCGCGCCCGAUGCCACUUGUCAUGGAUGUACGUACUACUUCUUCUCACCAUUUGCUCAUUUCUCCAUAUCCUUCACUCUCUGUCUUGUUCUUGUGCACCAUAGCCGU